UCUCCAUCAAACCCUAGCAUUUCUUUUGCUCUUUUUUUUUUUUCAAUAUCAAAAUUAUGAUUUUCUAUACAUGAAUUUUGUGGGUUUUGCAGAAUCAAGAAUAACCUUCAAAGUUGGUUUCAAGUGCUUUCUAUCAACAGUUUUAUUGGAUACAUUUAAGCCCACACCAACUUAUUCGAGACUGAGGUGUCCUCACGGUUCUUGUGACUGUCUUUCCUCCAACUUUACUUCUGAUAUUAUUAUGGAUCAUGUGAACAGCGAUAGUCAAUUCGAUGUUCCUGACACCCCUAAUAGAUUAGCUGCUAAGGAUCUGAAUGUGAGGAAUCGUGUCAGCACGGAGAGUGGUUUAUCGACAUCUGGUCAUUCAGGAUAUGGAAAUAUUACUGGUGAACAUAAUGAGAAUCAAGUUUAUGUUAACGGUGUAGGAAAAAGAAGGCUGUUUAUGCGUCCUCCAAAAAGUAUCAAUAGUUCCAUGAAAUCUGAAUUCCAUGCAAAUUCAUCAGCUUCUGGUUUGGGGAAUUCUAUCCCUUCAAGAAAUGGUGUUCAAUUUACUAAGGUUUCCUCCAUUCCUAAUUCCAAUGAGAAAUAUAACUUGCACCUUUCCAAAAGUGAAAACCCAGAGUCAAAAAGUCAAAAGUCUUCUCAGCGAAACUACCCUGCCAUAGACCUAACAAAGAAAAGUGGGUCGAUGCAUGUGUUUGUUAAAGCUCCUACAGUUGAAGCACACGAUGGUGGUCAAGUUGAAAAAUGGAGAACACGAUCCGGAUCGGCAGCGAUGAAUGAACACUCUCAUUUGCACAAGAUGACUUCGUUCGUACCAUCUAGCAAUGCCAAUAAAGGAAAGGAAAUCGAUGGUUCAAGUUCUAAAUCUCAUGGAGAAAAGGAUUCUACCAGUGAUGCGCAGCUUGGAGCUCGAAAAGAUGGUUCUGCAUCUUUUGCUAACUCACCCAGAGUAAUUGGGCAGAAAAGAUUGGUACGAAACGGAUGUAUAUCCCCUCAUAACAUAGCUAAGGCCAAAAAGCCAGCUGUGGAGGAGGACAAAGGUGUUUUAACUCAUGGGCUAACUGGUAACAGUCUUACGGAAUCAUCUGCAGGUACAAGCUUAGGUAUUGCCAAAGAAUUGAUAUCUAAAAAUGGUAUCUCUAGUACAUUAAAGGGUAAGGAGGUGAUAAUGCACUCUUCUCCUUCAAAAGAACAUGAAACAACACAUCCAUUUAGCAGAAGUUUGAUAUCUAUUGAUGAGAAGGCAAAGGAAACGAGUGAUUCCAGUAGAGAUGCGUCCAGAAGCUUUGACGAAUCCAGUGGAUGGAGAAGUACACGUAACCGUAGUGGGAACAUGAACUUUUCUUUGUCCAAUGUGCACAGGACCUUAGAUAAGGAUAGUGCCUGCUUUAUCACUCACUCCAGUGGGAGUUGGGCGACGCGAAGAGAUGAUGCAAGUAAUGGUCACGAUUCAGCUUCUAUUAGACAUGUUUCUGGUGAAUCUGCAGAGCCAAAUGAAUCCAUUUCUGGACCUCAAUGUCCCCAAAUUAAUGGAAAUCAUACUGCAUUAAACACAGUUAAGAAUAGACUAAAGCAGGGACCUGCCUCAAGCAUCCAUGGUGAAUGUUCUACAUCAGCCUCUGAUGAUUUAGACAUCAUUUUGCUUGCAUCACCUGAAAGUAGGAUUAAUAGAAGGUCCACCAGAAACAGAAAUCAUGUAGGUAUAGGCGUAGAACCAGUGAUUGAUGUGGACAGUCCCUCCUCUACCACAAGACAUGAAGGCUCUCGUGUUGUAUGUAGCAGUAGUAGGAAUGAUGAUGCUAGGACCAGACAAUUAGAAGCUGAUGAAAGGCUGGCACGGGAACUCCAAGAACAAUUAUAUAAUGAGGUGCCUUCGUUUGGCGUUGGCGAGAUUGAUGGAGAUGUAGCCUUGGCUUUAGCGCAGGAGGAUCUCCUACAUGCUUCCUCUGGGGGAGAGAAUCAAUUAUCCAAUCUUAAUGGAUCAUUGGUUGCAAACAUACGCAGACGACAAUCAAGAAAUGCAUCCAUUACAUCUCGUAGAGCUUCUCAAGCUCGGGCUUCUUCAUCAAAUAGAAUGGCAAGGUUGAGGAGCCGUUUCCCUGGACAACCUCGUACAGUCUCAUCUUCUAGAGGAAGAAAUUCACUAUUUCCUCCUAAUAUGGAUGUGGACAUGAGGAUGCAUAUAUUGGAAACAUUAGAGGCUUUCAGUAAUAUGGAUGUUGAUGGUAACCUCCUUCAGACGCAGCGUGACUUCAAUGAGAAUGACUAUGAAAUGCUAUUAGCUCUUGAUGAGAACAACCACCAACACGGUGGUGCAUCUGUAUGGCAAAUCAACGACUUACCACAGUCAACAGUUCAGAAUGAGAGUCUUCAAGAAGCAUGUGCAGUUUGUCUUGAAACUCCUACCGUGGGGGACGUCAUCCGCCAUCUUCCUUGCUUGCACAAGUUUCACAAAGAUUGCAUCGAUCCGUGGCUGAGGAGAAAAACAUCAUGUCCAGUUUGCAAGUCUUCGAUAGCUUAAACCUGCUUUAGAGAUGAUAGUUGGUAUGUUGUGGCAGUUGCAGCUAGAUUCUGAUACAAUCUUUUUGUUUCUUUGGAGGUUGAUCAGAACAAAUGCCUUAUUUCGCUAUAUAGUUUUCUGCAAUUACCUUUCUAUGCUUGAUUUUCUAAAGAUGCAUAUUUGAGGUUACAUUUAACGACGAAAAAAAUACAAAUGUUCGAUUUUAUGAGGUUGUUGAUGAGCACAUACUAGUUGGUGGUCUGUGCAACACUACUUCCAAUCAUUGAUGAAACUUCAUUUUGAUAUUCCUA